AUGAAAGCCAGGAAACCGUAUGUCAGCAGUCUACUCUUGACUAAGCGAUCACAUGAUUAUGAUAAUUGGCGAAGCGUUUGCCUCGACUUGAGAUUGCCAUCCCUUUCCCCAAUCAGAGAAUUGAUUGACAAGCACUUGAGAUCGCAGCUGAAGAUGCCGGACACUCCACCUCAAGGUGACAAACCUCAAGGAAUCGCCCGGGCCCUCUCAUCAAGACAGGAGGCACGAGUGAUUGAGGCAUUCGUCCUCUGUCUAGAAGCUUACUCCUGUGUUGGGAUAACUCUUACGUUCUCUUGGAAAUUCCAGAAGGCAGUUCCCACGGAAGAAUACAUGAAAAUUCUAACGAGAGACUUCGGAUCAACUGUGGCCUUUGAGAUUCAUGCAAAGGUUAAGGCCGGAAUCGACCGGGCGUCUAAAACCGAGUCAACAGAACCCUCUCUUAGCUCUGAUCCUUCUGGAAAUGCAAGUCAGAGGCAAAGCAGCCAGGACACAAGAACAGCCUCCUCUAUCGAAACGGGCCAACUCCCUGAUUUUGAGGAUCUUGUGAAAAACUCGCCGAUGAUAGACCGUUUCGAGUCGUCUCGUAAUAGCUGGAACAAGCUGAAACAAGGAUCACUCUGCGCAAGUGCGAAUAGGUCGACCCAUACUAGGGACAGAAGCCUUAGAGAGUUGCGUGGCAAGGAUGUCUACCUCUUGCUCAAGCGGUCACGACAUAUCUUUCACAAAUACAGCUUCCCUGACGGUCUGCAUGAACCAUAG